AUGCUGGGGAGAACCCUCGUUUGCUGGCCAAGUCGAUCUGGCUGCUUCUGGGUGUGCAAGCCUCUCUCCCGCUCCUGUUCCUCACCACAACCAGCGCGCACACGCACACACGGAGACUCCCGGAAGCGCAAUCAGCUGCCACCCAGGCGAUCACACACCCGGCCACCUCUCCGCUCCGACAGUCAAUCUCGCCCGCCCACCGCACGGCCAACUCCCAGGAUGGCUUCGUCCUCGACCGCACCCUCGCCAGCAGCACGCUCGCCAGCAGUCAACGAGCACGGCAGCGCCGCCCACCGACGCACGAACCCCGCCGACUUCUACCUCCAGGCUCGCUCCCUCUCGGAACUGGAUCUCCACAACCUCUCGCUGGCCGACAUGUUUGAAGCCCGCCACGCCGCCAUCCCCGACGACGACCUCCUCGACUCGCUCCCGUCGCUCGGACAGUCGGUCGUCGAGGAGGCAGAGGAACAGUUUCGCGACCUCGCCCACAGCGCCCUCCUCUUCGCCGCGACCCCGGCACCGUCCGUCGCACCCUCCGCCGCAGGGUCACGCGCACCGUCGCCGUCGGGAGAGCGUCUGCGUCCGACGGGGGACUACUCGGACCCGUCGUACUUUGCCCUCUCGCGCAAGUCGCUCUACUCGGACGGCGGCGAGUCGUCGUACUCGUCGACGGCCUCGUCGGUCCUCUCGACUCCCUCGCUGUGGACAUCCGAUGCCUCUUCCUACACCGAGUCGAUCGCGUGUUCGCCCCUCCCCGCGACGCCCGCGAACGAACCCGCCCUCGACCUCCUCUCCCUCGCAUCGCCUUCACCCUCUCGUCCUCGCUCUCCUCCCCUCGUGCCCACUACGGCGAAGCAGCCACCCACGAUUGCAUCACGCCGCGCCAACGCAGACCCGACCACGACAGGCCAGCUGAAGCUACACCUCCCCGCGGUCCGGACCGCCUCGUUCUCGACUCUGCGCGGCACAACCAACAAGUCCCUCAAGUCUCCGGCCGCCGAGCCCGCUCUCUCGCCGCUCUCUGCUCCAUCGAGCCCGUCCCUGCGCGGUGGGAGCAGCUUGAAGCCGUUGACGAGCGUGACGGAGGGCGAGGGCAGACUGAGCAGGAAGGCGAGCUGGAUCCGCGAGUUGGAAGUCAAGUCCGGCAUGGGGAACGAGGCGGCGGAUGGGUUGAAGCUCAGGAGGAAAAAGAGCAACGGGUUUGCGUUCUAG